CUCCGUCCGUCAAAGAGCGUACGUCUGGCUCCUAAUUUUUUCCCAAAAUAAGUGUACAUCUGGCUCCCCCACUGGUAAUUUUCCAUUCACCCCCCCAGUCUACGCCUCGAGGUCACCGAACCGAGCUGCGACCCAAUCCUCUCGUCCUCCCCCAAAUCGAAGCCGGUCUUCCUCCUCUCCCCCAAACUCUCUCCCUCCCGAUCCAAUCCCACAUCACAGAGAGUCAACCAUCCAAUCCAAGGCCAUUGCUGGUCAUGCAGAGAUUAAUGGCAGCCGAUCCAUAUAAGCUGCCGCCGGUAGGGUGUGCAUCGCACUGCAUCCAUGGAAGGCGGCGGAGGAACAGAAGCCGGCGGAGGAACAGAAGCCGGCGAUGGCCAGCAAGGCAAGGCCGUCGCGACGGUCGGCGGCGGAACACGCGACCGCAGCGGAUCUGGAUCUGGAGGCCCUCGCCGUGUUCUGGCAGCCAGGUUCCAUCCUCGUCCGCCCUCGAAGGUCAAUCGGAUUCGGCGGAGCGGCGUCGGAGCCAAAAUUUCCAGGUACCUAGAGCUGCUAGACGGAGCAGUGGUUGGCGGUGGAGCGGCUCAUGCGGCUGGGCAGGACGGCCCGGCGGCAAAUGCUGGGCGAAACGGCGCACCGGCAGGUGCCGGGCAAGCUGGUCUUGGGGCUGACCAGGACGCCGUGGAGAAGACAAGCAAUUCUACUACUCCGUGAGUACCAGUAGCUCUGUAAGUUUGGCGAUGCAAGCUGUACUCCGUGAAUGAAUAAUUAGUCCGACUUUAGUAUACGAAUUCCCUUUUGGAAACAAGCUGCAGUAUAGGAAUUCUCAUGGGCUCACUUAAUUUGUCAACCUGUAUGGUAAGAGCAUCCUUCCAUGCCGUGAUAUUUGUUUCCCCUUUCAACUCUGCUUCCCGUCUGUUGGUAGAUGACAGUGUCAUCGUUGGUAGAGUACAAUUUUCGGUUGCAUAAUCUAAUAUUACAACUUC